GUGAGAAGCUCAGAGUGAGGGUCCAGAGCUCUUGUGUGUGAGUUGUGAAAGCAGGGGAGAGAAGGAGGGAGGAAGAGAGAUGGGGAAAGGAGGCAAUUCUGAGGAUGCUGUUUCAGGCAAGGAGCAUGGAGAGGAGAACAUGGCAGCUUGGCUUCUUGGCGUCAAGACCCUCAAGAUUCAACCCUACAUUCUCCCUUCUCUGGGCCCUUAUGAUGUCAGAGUUAGGAUCAAAGCUGUAGGGAUAUGUGGAAGUGAUGUUCAUCACUUCAAGACAAUGAGGUGCGCAAAUUUCAUUGUGAAGAAGCCAAUGGUGAUAGGGCAUGAGUGUGCUGGCAUCAUAGAAGAAGUUGGGAGUGAAGUGAAGAAUCUUGUAGUAGGUGACCGGGUUGCUCUGGAGCCCGGUAUUAGCUGUAACCGAUGCAGUCUUUGCAGGAAUGGUCAAUACAAUCUAUGCAGAGAAAUGAAGUUUUUUGGAUCUCCUCCAACCAAUGGUUCUCUAGCUAACCAGGUGGUCCAUCCUUCAAAUCUUUGUUUCAAACUACCUGACAAUGUGAGCUUGGAGGAAGGAGCAAUGUGUGAGCCGCUCAGUGUCGGCAUCCAUGCUUGUCGCCGUGCUAAUGUUGGCCCUGAGACCAACGUACUGAUCAUGGGAUCAGGCCCCAUCGGCCUUGUCACAAUGCUGGCUGCUCGUGCUUUUGGAGCGCCGAGGAUUGUCCUUGUGGACGUAGAUGAUCAGCGACUAGCUAUUGCAAAAGAUCUUGGCGCAGACGAUAUUAUCCGGGUUUCAACGAAUAUUCAGGAUCUAGAUGAAGAAGUGGCAAAAAUACAAAGCACAAUGGUUACUGGAGUUGAUGUGAGCUUUGAUUGUGUCGGCUUCAACAAAACCAUGUCAACAGCUUUGAACGCGACUCGAGCAGGCGGUAAAGUUUGCCUUGUGGGUUUGGCCCAGAGUGAGAUGACUGUUCCUCUCACUCCAGCUGCUGCCAGGGAGGUCGAUAUUGUUGGCAUAUUCCGCUAUAGGAACACAUGGCCGCUCUGCCUUGAGUUUUUGAGGAGUGGCAAGAUUGAUGUUAAACCCCUGAUAACCCACAGGUUUACUUUCUCACAGAAGGAUGUGGAGGAAGCCUUUGAAACCAGUGCUCGUGGGGGUAAUGCUAUCAAGGUCAUGUUUAAUCUCUAAAUGGAGAUCAGGCUAUGUUUCUAGGCGAUGAAGCUUGCUGCUUUUGAUUUCAUCUAUCUAUUGUUUGUGGAGACCGAUAGUAAUCUACAUGGUAAAUAAACAACAAUCAUCCUCAUGGAUGAUUGUUGAAGGAUAUUAUGUAGUAAUAAACUAUUGUUCUCUCUUUUAACUAUUUGCAUGGGGUGAUAUGUUUUCUAUGAAAAUAUUCUAGGCUAUGUUGUUAUUUA